AUGGACAAUGCACCAAGCCAUAUCAUCCCAAAGAAACUGUCAAACAUUAAAAUUCACUUUCUGCCACCAACCACGACGAGCCAUCUUCAACCACUCGAUGCCGGCAUUAUCCAAGCUUUCAAGGGACAGUACAGGCGAAUGCAACUUCAACGACUGGUACAGUGUAUUGAUGACAACAAGACCGGUAAAGAUCUGCAGCUACCACUGAGUGACGGCAUUCGUUUUGUGAAACAUGCUUGGGAUAUCGUCAGUGCCACCACCAUCAAAAAUUGUUGGAUUCACACAGGGGUCGUUCCUCGGGACCGUCAUACCGACUUGCACCAAGCUCCAGCCAAUGAAACGACAGCGGUUUGCUAUUUGGUGACGUCACGGGCCGGCUUUCAAUCGACGAACAGCUGA